AUGACACCAGUUCUGACAUCCCAAUACUUGGUUUCGUCAGAUGAUGAUGAUGAUGAUGAUGAUGAUGAUGAUGAUGAUGAUGAUGAUGAUGAUGAUGAUGAUGAUGAUGAUGAUGAUGAUGAUGAUGAUGAUGAUGAUGAUGAUGAUGAUGAUGAUGAUGAUGAUGAUGAUGAUGAUGAUGAUGAUGCGUAUAGGAGAAACUGCGAACGUAAAUGCCACCAGAAGUUGGCAGUUCAAAUGUACGAAAAUUACGUAAAUAGGCUUAGAGUGUUCUUGAACCUGGGCAAUGUAGUUGGACUUAUCACACUAUGGAUAAACUAGUCGGUGAAAUGAACGAUUUCAUAAAUAGAGUAAUGGUCGAGAGUUUACUGUGUAGCGCAGUUAAGAAGAAAGAACACCGCAUUCCAAAUUUGUCCACUGUCAUAGUCUGUGCUGAGCGGAUACAAACAUUAAAACACGUCUUAUAAAAAGAUAAAAGGGCCAUUGCAUGGGUGGUUAUUUUGAGAGUAGAUAAAUUACUGAAAAAGUGAAUGGGAGGAGGCAGGAAGUAAGGAGACUCGGUUGAUGGAACAAGAAUUAGACUUAUUAGCCGCUUCGAAUUGAAUCCGUCAUCAGAGACUCCGGAAGAUCAAGGGUGUGGCCUCGUAAAAGGUUCAGUACUUCUGAGGUACAAUGACUACGCAACCAUGCGCACACUAAAACUAAAAGCUCUCAUUGCCAUUGCAAGGAUUAUAUUUGAUACGAUGAUGACCUCAUCAGCAGCAUGGGAGCCGUUGACUGCCGAUAUGUAAUCACUGGUAGUAGUUAGUAAUGCGAUGAUCGCUCGCUGACUGUUACCAUAAAUAUUACCACUGGAAGCGGGUCUCAUUCUCGCACUCUCCGCGCACCUAAUUACUCUGAAUGAGGAAGGAGCGAACACUGCGCGUGUAUGUAGACUGGAUUUCCAUACGCGGGAUCAAUUCAGAUCGCGACUAGCGGGUAUUCCUACCGCAUGACGUAAUUUACGGAAUAUUAUUUAGGCAUUUUCAACGAACUGUAAGUCCUCUGCUAGUAAGGUGAAGGAACACAAAUUUUUGAGGUAGAUCGUAUGACAAAAAACCUUAAGAGAUUCCCAAUAAACGCUAGAUGCAUGAGUCAGUGUAUCCCGUCAAAAGGAGCAUUGCAACUUCUGCUGUCCUUGUGUUCUCCAUCACCUACGAUUAUUCACCGCGUUGCGCAACGAAACCGGCUUACAAUUUUGAAGUGUGCUUUCAAAAGCCACAUAUUCGUUCCCCUAAGAAAACAUAUAUCGGAAGACCGGAAUCCACACAAUACUCACUAAGACGCGACAAAAUGAAGGCUUUGGCAAGACGUUGCGCGGCUGAUAAAAAAUGGGCAUUGAAAAUGACGGAAUUGAAGACGUGUAAAAACCGUCAAAAGGUGCAAACGGCUGCGCUGUAAAAACAAAAGCUUUCUUGGUUAAGACCAGACUUGCCAUGGUAACGCGUUCUGAACGAUGAUUUUGGACCGUUUUGAGACCGAUGCUCUUGGGAUCCGGAGGUAGCCUAUUCAAACCUCACUAAGACCAUUCCCGCGGGGGUGUACAGUAAGGAUCAUCCAGGAAAAGUAAACUGCGGACCAUCCUUGUCAUUCUGGCAUUCUUCGGAAACAUUGCAUUCCAUGGCAACACUGUAUUCACAAGUGUCGAAUUUGGAAAACAUAUGGAACAAAACAGCGCUAGCGGCCCGAACACGAUAUAAAAUCAAAAAGCAUAUAACAGCUCCACCGAACAACCGGCACGACCCAUUAAAGGUCAAUUGCUAAAGCGAACGCAGAUACCUAUUAACAAAACUGAACCGCUUGCUUCUCGGUCGUAAGAUUACACUAAAUGAAUUAGGUUUAAGCCCACGACAGUCGGUCAGGCUCUUGUAACUCAGGCAGUUAGAGCGGUAGCUGCACUCGAGCCUUGCCCUUACUGUCAUAGGCUCUAAUGCCAGCGAGACCGAUGAAUUUUGCAUAAAUGGGUCUGAUGGAUUGUUUGAAUCUAUCCAAAACAUAUACUAAUGCGUAAUGGAAGUAAUUGUGAAAACAAUGGAGAAUUGGAUGACCGUCUCUGGCCUAUUGGCUGUCCUCAACUAGCCCAAGGCAUGCUCAGGUCUUGUCGCACAUGAUCCCCAACCCGCAUUCUUUGGUCAUCGAGCUUUACCAUUGAGUCACGGGAUCGCUGCCCUGUGGGCUGAGAACAGAAUAUUAAAUAUUAUGUUGGAAUUACGGUCACACAUCGGGUUACUGGGGUUGCUCAUCCCGCUGUGCCCCGGCGCUUGAUCUGGAGCGCUCGCAGACCGUCGCAUUGAAGCCAGAAAUAUUUGCUGAAGCGAAGUAUUGGCAGGUAGAGAUGAGAUCUUGGUAGCCAUUUCUGGUUAUUUAACCUUCGCCAGCCAGCCUUAAACAAGUGCGGGCUUUGCAGGACCAACAUAGUACAUCUAUCCGAUUGGAACCGACAGGGCAACGGACUCGCGGCGGUGUGACAAAACGUUGUCUUAAUAACAUUCCAUGACCAAAGAAGGCAGGCUCAAAUACCAGAUCGUUCAAUGUUUGUAUACGCGUAAACCUGACUGAUUCAUCAUACUUACUGGGAUUGCACGAUUCUCAGUAAUUUCGCCAAUACCUUGCCUCCUAACCAAUCACAUUUUCAUCAAUAGUAGUGAAAAUGCGAUUCCCAGGUGGCAUAUCAAAAGAAGAAGGGACGUUCACCGGGAGGGGUUUAUUCGAGGUCCGACGUUUCGAGUAGUUUAUUCGUCUACCGAUCUUCAGGGACGGGGAAGUCCUGUGCACAGCUCCCCUUAUGUCCCCUUUGUCCAACGCGUGACCCGCCAAUGCCGCCUGUGUGGCUGCAUCCAACCCGCAUGUCACCGUGACCUGAAUCGUCCCCGUCGGCCGCGGAGAUAACUGACGGCCCCGACUGUCCCGCACCGUGACUGUCCACCGCUAAGAAGGUUCGUAAAGUCAGAUAGGGGGAGGCAAAUUGAUGUGGCGGUUGACAGAGCGAUCGGUGGACAUCCAGGCUUCUUGCACUUGCCUUGCUGUGUGAUCGCCGCCCCGGCCCACAACCUCAACAGCGUCAAAGUUGAAGCUGUGUCCCAUUUUCGCGGCAUGGUUUGCUACCUCCAAUUUCGGGUCCAACCUUCACACGGCCAACUUAUGCUCGUGCAUUCGCGUUUGCAGCCGUUGGCCGGUUUCCCCAACGUAGUUGCAACUUCCGCAGCUGCACUGAAGUCGGUAGACAACGGCCGACAUCUCCUGCUUAAGGAUCGGAUCUUUUGGCCGCAUCACUUGCCGGCGGAUUGUUGAGUCAGGGCUGUGGGCAACACCUAUUCCGAGUGGCGCGAUUGAUCGAGCCACGGCUUCGGAGACCCCUUUAAUGUACGGAAUGCUCCGCCACGAAUUUGACUGACUAUGCUCUUCGUUCCGCUUCUUUGGCUGCCUUCGGCCCCGUUCAAUGAAUGCCCGCGGAUAGCCAUUGGCUCUGGAGAGUUCUCUGAGGCGCUUUAUCUCGUCCAGUUUGACGGCUGGCGUGCUGCAAUGAGUUUCCACCCGUCGGUACAGCGCGCGGACACAGCUUCGUUUGUGUUGUAGCGGGUGGUUGCUGUUGUAGCUGAGCAUUUGCAGCGUGUUCGUCGGUUUUCUGUAGACCGACGUCGCUAGUUCGCCAUUUGGUUAGCGGCAGACGAGAACAUCCAAGAAUGGAAGUUUGUCCCCUACUUCUUCUUCCCUCGUGAACUUUAGAUCGGCAAUGAUUGAGUUCAGUACUUCCGCAUAGUAGUUGAUUUUAUCCUGGGCGAUGAUUACAAAGGUGUCAUCAACGUAGCGUGACCAAAACUUGGGUGUGUACUCCUUGAAUAGUCGUCUCUCGAGUUUUUGUAGAACCACCUCGGUAAUGAGUCCGGAGAUUGGUGAACCCAUUGGAGUGCCCUUGAUCUGCUCGUAUGUGGUCCCUUCGAAGGUAAAGAAUGUCUUGAGGCAGUGCCCCAUGAGUUCUAUGAGAUCCUGAGCUGUGGGCUGGCCAUGGCCCCCGUCGUAAUUUUGACGUAGCAGGUCACUGAGCGUUUCGACCGCAACGGCCUGUAGUAUGGAUGUGAAGAGUGAAACGACGUCAAAAGACACCAUCCUUUCAUUCGGUUCGAUCGUGACUGCCCUUAUUUUGUCAAGGAAUUGUUCUGCUGAGUGCACCGUUGUUUGUGAGCCUGCAGUUAGGAAUCUUAGCUUCUGAAAUAGCCAGCUUGCAAGCCCGUAUGUGGGUGUGCCUCAGAGUGAGACGAUAGGACGGAGGGGAACAUCUGGCUUGUGUACUUUUGGGAGAGCGUAGAAUCUCGCCAUAGCGGUUUCUGUGGGCUUUGCCGUAUACCAGUCUUUGACGGUGAUGACCUUGUCCUUUUUUAGUCAAGCCAGAAUUCUCUUAACCUUUGCCACUAGGGACUUUAGACUGGCGGCGUCGCUGACUUUAUAGGACUCCCGAUCGUUGAGGAGCAGGAGGGCUUUGUGUCGGUAGUCUACCUUGUCGAGGAUAACGGUUGACCGGCCUUUGUCAGCAGGCAGAAUAACUAUUUCGGUGUCCGCUUUCAGCUCUCUUAGGGCCUUUUAUUCCUUUCUUAGAAGGGUAUGGGUUUUCCGGUGCGACAUGAGAAGUGAGGAGACUUGAUGUCGAAGGAGGUCCUUCGCCUCGUCUGUGGAGUCGGUUUGACGAAGCACUGAUUCGAAAGAAGCAAUGAAGGUGACCGGGUCGGCGUCAGUUGUGUUAAAACCAGAUCCACGUUGUAGAAAUUUUGUUUGGGUCACAGUAACUUGUUUUGACGAGAAGUUAUGUACUGUCGUUUGUUCGGUUUCCUGGGCUUGUGCGGUCUGCAGUGCCAUGAACUUUACCGAUAAACCCGCAUCUCUGUUAGCACGUUUCUUUCGUCCCAAUACUAGUAAUGAGGUCUCCAAUGUGGCGGCAGUCGAUUUACCACACCGGCGUGUAACAAGCAUCCGUAAGUUUUCAGCACUGUGUGCGUAUUUCUUUAGUCACAGGUGACAAUCUUGUAUGAGUACCCUUGUCCUUCGCCGACUAUAGCGGAACAUCGUUUGUUUAACCAAUUGCGUGUUUACUGUAGGCUUGUAGGAGAGGCAUUUUGGCAAAGCAUAGUUGGCAAGGCAUCUGUGAAGGAAAUGGAGCCGUGCAUAGCUCCGACAGUCCUCGACCUAUGCACAGCUCCAUUUCCUUCACAGAUGCCUUGCCAACUAGGUUUUGCCAAUAGUAAGUGCGGGGUUCCUAAUACCACAUCUACAUGCUUUGUUGCCUCGACGUGUGAAGAGUAGUUUAACAAUGGACAACUUAACUGAAUGGGUGAGGGUCGUGUAGUAAGCAAGCUGAGAAAGAAGGAACUGGGACAUGGAGUUCAUUCUCCGGGCGUUUCGGAUUGUAGUCAAAUCUGUUAUGAAAGGCGCGCAUACGCACAUGGAAUGAGUCUUAAUGUGUUGCAGAUGGUAGGGACGACAGAGAAUUCAGGUAGAUUGAUAACGUACUGUUUUGGGUUUAUUCACCCAAUAGAUCAAUGUGUCCUCAUUCUUAGUGUGCAUUCGUAUGACUUGCUUCGGCAAGCUUUUUCGGUCACGUCAAGCACGGCUAUGGCUGGGCGUAAAUUCACGGUACCGCAGUGAUGAAUUAAGAGUGGUUGUUUACUAGAAUUAGUUCUUUGAACUCUGCAGAAUCCGCUUCCCUCAAGUACCACAAGAUUCUCCAAGGACCGCACUCUUCUUCAAGGACCGCAGGACAUUUGUGUGGUGCAAAUUCACUAACGUGACACGUGGGCAGAGGAACGGUGCACCGUAGUGUGCAACUCUAGGUCUGGGUCAGAAGACUUCUAAAUCUGUGUAAUAAAAGAGCCUGGCCUCGAGUGAUUUCAGCUGCUGACGUUCAAAUCUGCCUCGCGUAGAGUUUUCCCGGAUAUCUGACUUGCAUUUCUAAAGAAAGAGGAGGAGGACGAGGACGAGGAGGAGGAGGAGGAGGAGGAGGAGGAGGAUUAG